AUGAAUAAUACGGAGCAAAAAUUCAUUUACUUUGAGAAGUAAGGAGCAGAUAUGAUGUGCGGAGUACAUUGUAUAAAUUCACUUCUAUAAGGACCCUAUUUUGACGAAGUGACCAUGGGUGAAAUAGCUUUGAAACUAGAUCAGCAGGAAAGAGAGCUUCUUGCUGUUGGUGGCUUAUCUUCUAAGGAUUAUCUGAAGUAUAUGCAAGAAGGAUCAAGCAAUGUUGCCAAUGAUGGAAAUUUCUCAAUGCAAACUUUAUCUGAAGCUUUAAAAGGCUUUGGUGAUUACUCAGCAACUCCAGUAGAAAACCCUGAGAUCAAGAAAAGCAUUAAAGAUUAUGGAAAUGAAGAAGCCUUUAUUUGUCAUUCAGUUGAUCAUUGGAUUGCCAUCAGAAAGGUACACAAUGUUUGGUAUAACCUUAAUUCCACCAAUAUGUUUCCACCUGGCCCUUAAACCAUUUCAGACUUUUAUCUUUCAGCAUUCCUUGACUCAAUUAAGAAUAGUGGCUACACCAUUUUCGUAGUGAGAGGUGUUAAACCGUUGCCUAUGCCAAAUAAGUAUCAAUUCAGUGGGCAGUUAAGAUCUAAUUAGCAUUAUGUGGCUCUCCAUGUAAUUGAAUCAUACCAGAAAGAUAAUAAAAACAGGAAACUAAAUGUGAGUGGUUAGGAUGAAAGGGAACUUGAAGAGGCUCUUUAAAGAUCUCUGAAAGAUAGCUAUCCGAAAAGAGAUGGCAAGGAUGAUGAUGAUGAUGAUAGUGCUCCAUCUGUUGGAACCAUUUUAAAUGGAGGAAAAGGUAAAUAGGCUGAAGAGAAGAAAUUCGAGGCCUUUAAGGGAUAAGGAGUAAGUUUAGGUGGAUAAAAAGAAGAUGUGGUGAUGAAUGAAGCAGAUGCGUUUAUGUAUGAGGGAUUCGCUGAUGAUCCUGAACUUGCAGAAGCCAUCAAGCAAUCAAUGCUUGAGGAAGAAGCUAAAUCAAUAGUUAUCCCUGAAGAACCAUAAGAUUCCGAUGAUCCUAACAGUUAUACUAAAUUGCAAUUGAUUAUGCCAGAUGGUAAAAAGCUUAUAAGAAAGUUUUUCUUUGACAAUAAAAUCUAAGUAUUUUCCAAUUUAUGA